ACAAAAUUUUAUUCCUGUUUCUGUUCAGUUGUGAAAAUUGUAUAUCCGUCUUACGAAACGUUUCGGAACAAAAAUAGUUUUCAUUGAAUUGUGCUCUCAGGGAAGUUUUCAGUGCCAAAUUAAAGAAAUUAAUUUACCAAAUUGAUUCAAGCCGAGUGCAAGCGAAAUUUCAAGUCACCACCGAAAAAAAUAGGAAAUUUCCAAUUGUUGGUUUUUGGUUUAACUUUUGCAUUGGUUCCUCCGUCCUGCUCGUCUAGAGAUGAGGGCCGCCACCGCCUUCCACGCCCGGAGGGCAUCAGCUGGCACUUCUGAAAAGCGUGUUGUAGGAGUUCCGUCCCGACUUUUUCGGAGUCGUUCAGUCAAAAUGGCGGAGGGUAAUGGCGAGCUGUUAGAUGACAUUAAUCAGAAAGCCGAUGACCGUGGCGAUGGCGAACGUACAGAGGACUAUCCCAAGCUGUUGGAGUACGGUCUGGACAAGAAGGUCGCUGGCAAACUGGAUGAAAUUUACAAAACCGGCAAACUCGCUCACGCCGAGCUGGAUGAGCGCGCCCUGGACGCGCUCAAGGAGUUUCCCGUCGAUGGUGCCUUGAAUGUGCUGGGUCAGUUCCUCGAAUCGAACCUGGAGCAUGUGUCAAAUAAGUCCGCCUACCUGUGUGGCGUGAUGAAGACAUACCGACAAAAGAGUCGGGCUAGCCAACAGGGCGUGCCCGCGCCCGCCACUGCCGUACAGGUGAAAGGUCCCGACGAGGACAAGAUCAAGAAGAUUCUCGAGCGCACCGGCUACACAUUAGAUGUGACGACAGGUCAACGAAAAUAUGGCGGACCGCCACCAGACUGGGAGGGCAACGUGCCCGGCAACGGAUGCGAGGUGUUCUGCGGCAAGAUACCCAAGGACAUGUACGAGGAUGAGCUCAUACCGCUCUUUGAGAACUGCGGCACAAUCUGGGACCUCCGCCUUAUGAUGGACCCGAUGACAGGCACAAAUCGUGGUUAUGCAUUUGUCACAUUCACAAACCGCGAUGCGGCCGUCAAUGCAGUGCGCCAGCUAAAUGAUUUUGAAAUUCGGAAAGGCAAAAAGAUUGGUGUUACGAUAUCAUUUAACAAUCACCGGCUAUUUGUCGGCAAUAUACCUAAGAAUAGAGAUCGCGACGAAUUAAUUGAGGAAUUUUCUAAACAUGCACCUGGCCUUUACGAGGUGAUCAUAUACAGUUCACCAGAUGAUAAGAAAAAGAAUCGCGGCUUCUGCUUUCUCGAAUACGAGUCACACAAGGCGGCAUCUUUGGCCAAACGAAGACUCGGCACUGGUAGAAUUAAGGUAUGGGGAUGUGAUAUAAUAGUCGACUGGGCCGAUCCACAGGAAGAGCCAGAUGAGCAAACUAUGUCUAAGGUUAAAGUUCUUUAUGUGCGAAAUCUAACCCAAGACGUCACAGAGGAAAAACUUAAGGAGCAAUUUGAGCAAUAUGGCAAAGUAGAACGCGUUAAGAAAAUUAAAGACUAUGCCUUUAUACACUUUGAGGAUCGUGAUAGCGCCGUCGAAGCUAUGCGUGGCCUUAAUGGCAAGGAGAUCGGCGCCUCGAAUAUUGAGGUCUCACUCGCCAAACCGCCUUCAGACAAAAAGAAAAAGGAGGAAAUUCUGCGUGCACGUGAACGUCGCAUGAUGCAAAUGAUGCAGGCCCGCCCCGGCCUUGUGGGAUUUGAAACAUUGUCUCCAUACAGAAAUCUGUCGCCGACACAUCCCAGCAUGAUGUCCUUGACGCCCAUGCGCCUGCCAGGUGCGCGCAUGCCGCUCCGUACGCCGAUACCUCGCGAAUACGAGGUCGAUUACGACUAUUUUGGGUACCCGGAAUACCGUCCUGGCUAUGCCAACAACGAAUCUUAUUAUGACGAUCUCUACCGCACCUAUGAAGGUGAUUACAAUUUCUAUGAUUACCCGAACGCCUCAAAUGCCGGCAGCAGCGGUGGCACCAGUCUCGGAUCCGGAGUCGCUGGGGCCUCAGCAAGUGCCACGCAUCGUCCAUCGAGACAACAAGCAGGUGGCUCGAGCCACUCGACCAACUCGUCGGCCGUUAUGGGGGCUGGUCGUGGGCAUGGAACCACAGUGCAGCGUGGCAGAGUCGCUGGCCAGCGUGGCAGCAUCAGUCGUCAGGGGGCCCAAACAGUGCCACAGGCGGCGGCAGCGGCAGCGGCGGCGGCGGGACAGGCGGCGGCGGUAGCGCGGGGGGCCACCGGUCAGGGGGCACCGGCAGCAACCGGGGGGGUCCGUGGGGUGGCACAAACGCGUCACAACGCUCGUGGCACCCAGCACGUCAAGCCGCUACAAAAUUUACCAGUAGUCGGUAAACGUAAGUUCGAUGGAGGUCACCAAAAUCCGGCAGAUGUUAAGCGACGUUACCCGAGCGGUUUAAUAGGAAAUGGCGGCAGUUGGGGCAGUUUACCGCUACCACAGCAACCUUUAGGCACAAAUGGUGAACAGUGGUACAUGGAUACGUUUUCGGCAUGGAGUUAGAACAAUACAACAUCAACAUCAACAACAGCAACACCAACAGCAACCCUAUAUAUGAUAUCAGUUAAAAGCAGCCACACAACAUGGAAGUUACAGCCCCAGCAACAUCCAAUAAUAAUUUUCACUCGUCGAUGUCCUGGAGAAGAUCCAAGUAACAAACUCUUAAAAGCAAUAAAUUCCCUUUAAAUAAAUUGUAUAAACCAUAAGAACUACAGCUAGCGAAAAUUUUGAGAGAUCAUUUUGCUUUAGAUAUCUUCAUUUCGGAACCAAACCGAUUUCUGUUCGUUUGAUUCAUUGGAAGCAGUCGAUUGUGCUCCUCAAAAUAGCUAACAAAAAUGCAGAAUCAGAAUCGGAAGCAGCAACAAAUCAGUCGAUGAGAAUAUAUAUCACUUAUAUGUAUGUAAUCACUUAUAUAGCCUUUGCAGCAGCAGAAUUUUAAACAUUUUUUCAUUUAGUGAAAGACAUUUAAACGAUUUCCCCCAGAACCAUUUUAAAAAUCAGAAAAGAGCAAACUCGUAUAAACUCGUAGAUAAAGAAAAGUCGAAUCGUUUUAAAAGUUCACAAAAAUAUAAUGAUAAAAACAAAUUAUGUCUCAUAGCGUUUUUAACUUGAAAUCGAAACAAUAAUUGAGCGUAUAUAGCAACACAAAACAAAACAAAAACCGAUAUAUAAAUUUAAAAAUAUAUAUAAAUAUAUUUAUCUAAUAACUAUAUAGAGAGAGCAGUCUAAGCCCAGUACGGAUUGAUUUUAAAUCUUAAGCAGCAUGUAGCACCUUUUUAUACAUUGAAAAUGAAUUGCGUAAAACCCAAAUUCGAAAUCGAUUCGACUAUAUACAGAACCUUUUACAUCAUGUACAUGGAGAUUAGCAUGAAAAGAGCCUUAAGCAAAUUUGACAAAAACACAAGAAGCCAAUAGUGCACAAGCAAUUUCCCUUUAUUGUAUAUAACCACAGCAAUGAGGAGCCAGCAAGACAUAUAGGAAACCAGUGCAUAUAUACGAGAGUUCAGGUUCAGAUUCAGAUGAAUUGAUGUGAACUAAAAAAGUUUAAUAUUGUAGGGACUUCGAGAGACAACAACAAGAAUUCAAAGUGAAAAGCAAAGCUUAAUGAAGAAACAUUGACUGACAAAAAAACAAAAACAAAAAUAAAACAAAAAGUAAUAAAAAAUUAUAAAUUAGAUUGAUUGAAUUGAUAUGAGAAUGAUAAGAAAAUACAUACAUACAAACAAUUUAAAUGCACCCAGCAUUAUUAUAUAAUGACUGGCAGUGGCAACUGGCAAAGACUUUCUGCAUAAAUUGAAAAACAAAACAAAAAAACUAUUUUUUAACGAACCUAAGUUUAGGCAACUUCAAAUCAAUUAACUGGCAGAUGAAAAAGUAUAUAUGUAGGGUUAAACAAUUGCACAUACACACAAAUGCAGAUGGUUCCGGAAGCCAGAAAUCGGCAAAGCAAAUCUCGGAAAAUAUCUGCCAAUUGAAGCAACGAAUUAGAAAGACAACACAACACACACACAUCACAAGCAGUAAAAUUAAAAGUAAAAGUAAAAUUAAAACUAAUAAUAACGAUGAAUAUUAUGAAUUUUAAUAACACAAUAAUAAAUACUUAAUAUUUACACAUAUAAACAUACAAAUUGUGCUUAACUUUCAAAGAAGAAGAUAAUGAAAAGAUAAACGAAGAUAAAUACAAAAAUUAUGAAAUGAAUUAGCCAACGCUCGAUUGCGUUUUAGCAGCAAACCUUAACAAUUCAUAAAACCUAGAAAUUCUCCUUAAAAGCCUCUCAACUAAUUAACAAUUCAGACUCAACUCUCUCCCAAUUUUAUUGACGAACUCAUCUAAGCAGAACUGCUACGCACAUAUAAUAUGAUAUGAAUGAAAGUAACGCCCUAAAGCAAACACCACACCUACAUACAUAUAUAGCGAUCCUUACGAUCUAACGAUUGUAACAACCUAACUGUAACUCCAUGCCUAUAAACACCAACAACAACAAACAGCACACACACACACGUGUCAAAAUACUUUUAUAUAGGAAAAUCAAUUAUACAAGAACUUGCCUUGCCUUUCGUUUAUUUAGAUUAUUUUGCAAAAUUCAAAACUAAAAACCUUUUUUUGUUGAAAUUUUACCUGUCGUUUAUGUCUCCUUUUCCGCUAUUGCUAGAUCUCAAGUAAAGCAACAAGUUAAUUAAUAUUAUAUAUAUAAAAAAGAAAAAAAUAUAUAAAUUAGUUUUAAACUAACGAAAGAAUACUUCCAAUUUUGAACUCAAGUAUAAAGCAAAUACAAAACUGUUGGCCGUUGAUGAAGGACAAGGGCGCGUGUGUUUUAAAACGUAUCUAUGAACAUUGUUCAGCAUAAGCCUAAACACACCAGUUUUUUUAAAUUAAAAGUAAACAGAUAAACACACACACACACACCAAGCAGUUGCCUAAAGUAAAAAAAAAUAAUAAAUAUAAACUAUGAAAACUUGCGCAAAAUUUGCAAACCAGCAAAGACUUUAAAUACAUAAUAUUAGCCACAAACAAUAAGAGGAACAUAUACAACAAAUUCUAAAUGACCAUAGUUAAGAUUACAUUUAGUAACACUCACACACACACAAACUCAGACACAUACAACAAUACAUAUACACACAUAAUGUUUAAAGAAACUAAAGUAAACUGUCUUUGUAGGAGAAGGAAGAGAAGUGUGCGCCAUUUUCUAAAUACAAUAACAAGCAGAAAAAAAAAUCACUUAAAUAUUUAACCAGUUUUUUAAAAUAAUUUUUGAUAAGUUUCCUUAGGAAUUUUUCUUAAACGAUCUAUCUUUUCCGGAUUGAGAGCAGAGUGUUGCCCUCGAAAAAGAAAGGGCAGAAAUCAUUUAAAACUUUUAUUAUGUUUUUUCUCUUUAAACACACACAAACACAGCAAAUGAGAUAAUUUUUUAAGGAUGUUAUUAACGAAAAAUUCUUCAACGCCGCGUAUUUUUAUCAUGCAAAAUUUUCGAUUUUUCGCCCUUGAAAUUUCCACAUAUUUGGUGACUUUGAACCCUUGAACCCACUUCAAAUUGCAAAUAUAUACAUAUAACUAAUUUUAACGAUUUGUUUAAUUCGAUAACUGUACUGAUUUUAUAUUGUUUUAAAUUUGUAAUUUAAUUUGUAAGUUUUUAUUGUUAAUGUGUUUUUCUAUUGUAAACUAAAAACUAAACUAAAACUGUAAACCAAUUGGCAAAUUGUUACACACUCCGUUAAAGUUUUCCAAUUUCGUUGAACUUGAUGAAAGUUAUGAAUUAAUGAAAUUAUCACCAAAAUUAUGUGCCGUUAUUUAGAAACCAUUUCUUUGGAAGCCUGAAAUUUUCCCACCCAUCCCUUAAACCCAUCCCCUACCCACAUUUCCCUAAUUGUGUUAAAUAUUGUAAUUUGUAAUUUUUGUUUUAAUUUUUUUCGGGAAAGCAAAAACGUUUGGCAAAAUUAGUUUUUAAUUUGAAUAUUUAGUUUUGUUUGUGCGCUUAAGUUUUCAAUAGUAUGUUAUAUAUAUAUAUUAAACUAUAUGAAUAUUAAUUUUUAGCAAAAUAUUUUUACGACCUAACACAUAAAGCUCUAAUGUUAAAUACUUAACGUACUAAUUUGUUUAACUUUUUAAUUGGUUUUACAUUUUUGUGUAUUUGUGAAGAGGACGCGCAAACAAAAUUAAUCUUUGACCCAAUAACAACAGCAACAACCAUAACUGUAUACGUGUGUAAAUUUAAACUUUCAACAACAAUACAAAAUAUUACAAAGAAAAAAAACAUACAAAUUUAAAAGAAAUCCAAUAAAAUAAAACAUAAGUUUAAGCAAGGUGGACAACAAAAUUGCAAACUGCGCAUGGAAACUGAGCGAAAAAAAUGAAAAACUUUACAUGAAUUGUGAUGAUGCAAAGGCAAGAUUUAAUCAUAAUUACUAAAUCUAUAUAUACAUACAUAUAUAUAAUAUAUAUACAUAUAAAUAUAUAUAUAUAUCUUUCUCUAUAAAUAUAUAUAUAUAUGAGUAUAUAAUGUAUAUGUAGGCGUAGGAGUGUAUAAUCUAACUUAACUUUUAAACAGACUGCGUACGUAUUAAAAAUUUUUAAAAUUAAUUUGUGUAAAAUGUUUUAAGUUUUGAAAAAUUGGCAAAUAAAGAAAAAAAUAAAAAUUAAUAAAUCAAAACACGACGAUCGCAUUGUAAAUUGAAAUAUACACAAAAUCUCGACCUAUUCAAAAUUUACUCUCCAAACCUUUUCAGCAAACAAAAUCAAUCCGGUCAUGUAUAUUUCAAGAAUUGGCCUAAGAGCAAGCGCAACUGUUUAUAAGGAAAGAGCCAAGAGUGGUACAGGAUGCCAAAUGCAAGGAUCGGCAAGGUCAGGGCAGUUUCCAAAGUUUUUUCGUUACUUCUUUUGUAUACAUACUCGUAAGAACACGAUUCGUAUGGGGACAAUUUUUAUUUCGGACAUACUCGUACACACAAGUUAGGUUUAGCUUUGCCACAUUUUUACCAUUUUGUAUCGACUUUUUUUAAACAAAUUUUUUGUUGUACUCUACAUUUAUAGUUUGUGUGUGUUUUCUAUGCUUUUAAAUUACAUAUAUAUCGAAUCUAUCGAAUCAUUUUAUAAAAGAUUGAUUUAACAACUAAUUGAUAAACAUCACAGCACAUUUGCAUGAGUACUACGAGUACAUGCUACGAGUACAUACAUAUAUGAAAGGGAUUCAUAAACCGUGAACGUAACGUCGCCAAUUAUUACGAUAUAAAAUCAAGAGAUGAUAAUUAAAUAAUAAAAACACAAAAUCUAUAAACAAUCAGAAUUCAUUGUAGGAGAAGGCAGAAAGACCGAGGGAGAAGAAACAGGAGCAAAAAUUUUACGUCUUAAUAAACAAUUAUUGUUAACGAAGAAAUUAAAAGUGAGAGAAGCAUAUUGUACUAAAAUAUUUGAUAUACAUACAUUUGUUAUUAUUUGUAAUAUGAAAAUUAAAUAAAAUUGCAUCCA